UUUGUCCACGGGGUCAGGACUCCUCUCGAGUUUCACUGCACAAUCACCUUCUUCCUCCCGAACGCGCAGAGACCUUUAUUUUGAAAUGAACUUUUCCCAGACGCUCGCGUGGAGCUACGCGUUCCCGGGAGAGGCGGAGGAGGAGAAGAAGGAGGAGGAGAAGGAGGAGAAGGAGGAAUGCUGGGUUCACCACAGUCUGCAGAUCAAUGUGCUCUGUGCAGCAGACAACCUGACCGAGUAUUGAUCUGUGCUGCUCUCACCUGUGACACUUUGUUAACCUCCGAGAACCUAAAAGCGGCGUCUCUUCGUCAGCUGCCGGCGGAUUUUCAAACUAAAGCCGCGAGUGUCCCGCGGCUGCAGCUUCAGGACCAGCGGCUGUCCAGCGGCUGUCCGGCGGUGUGCAGAGAUGUGGCAGCGAUAGAUGAGCGGGUCACAGAGGCUGCAGAGGAGAGGACCAUGGCCUGGCGAGUGUGGUCAAAGCUCUGCUGUGGCCAGAAAUGGCUGCUCCUCCUGUGCCCCCUCUUCCUCCUCCUCCUCACAAUCUCUGUAAUGACGAUCACUCUACCUCUCCCCACACCGCCGGUGGACAUUGACCGCCGGUCAUCCCGUGUCCUGAGCUCUGCUGGGGAGCUCAGAUCCAGGCCCAGGGCUGUGGAGCCCCCUCCAGCCACCAUCUUUCAGCAGCCAUCCACUCACAUCCAUAAUGAGGCCCGGAGAAGCAGCAGAGGAAAAGAGGCAUCUAAACUGUCUGUGCACCAUAUACCACCGGGCAAUGACAAAAACAGCAUCAACAGAGCGCAAGAGGAAAGUCACACAGACUUAGACAGAAAUAAACACAAAAACAAAGCGAUGGCAGGCGCCAUGCAGCACCCAGCCAGUCACCAUCAUCUCCCACAGUUUAUAGUCAACAACGCACGGCCAAGGCAUAGAAUUAAGCCCAGCAACCACAAUGCUGUGGUAAAGCACAGUGCUCAGACAAACAUUCAUCUUGAAAGGGGCAAAUCCACCACAGCACAUAUCCCUGCUCAGGCAGAUAUCCUAAUGAGUGAGAGACGGGCUGCAGGCAGACAGGCGGGCAGAUGGGAGGGUAAACACACAGACAGGAAUACAGACACGCAAAUACAUGGCAGCCAUACAAGUGCAAAGUUAGCCGAACAUCACCAGACCCUGGGUAAACACAGACAGGCAACAACGCACGUGGGGAAAUCUGAUAAAAUCUAUGAAGAGCAGCAGGCUGUGAAAAAGCCCUCCAGGGAUCUAAAAAAACACUACAAUCUGUCCGAGGAUCCCCCUGUGAGGAAGAAUCCAAGGUCAUUGGACCAUAGAAAAGCUUCGUCCAAAGCUGAGGCAGCCUUAAAGGCAGAUGACAGCAGCUGGUGCCAGACUUUUUCAGAGCAGGACUUCCCAGACAGUGACCACAGGAGGGUCAGGAUUAGUCCACAGCCUCUUCCCUGGCUCAGCCCUGACGACAUCCAGAAGAUGGAGCUCCUUGCCGGGGGGGAAGUGGUCAGUAAGGCCAGGGUGCCUGGACAUGGACAGGUUCUCCAAGUGGCUCUGGAACAGCUUGUACACCAGAAGGAGCCAUCACAGAUGAGAGAGUCUCCUCAGCAUGGACACGGGCAGAGAAAUCCAGAAAGCCACAGUGACCGCUGCCAGCAGGGGCGCUGUUGCCUAAUCAAACGCACUGAUGACUGGUUCGAGGUCUUUGCCUUCCACCUGGACAGAGUGCUGGGACUCAACAGGAGCCUCCCUGCAGUGCUGAGGACUUUCACCAGUGACAUUCUACCAUAUCGCUACAUCAGGGGACCCCCCAGGCCGGUACUGUGGUGGGACCCAGAUAUUCAGCACCUCACCGAUACAGACAAUGACCAGAACUCAGUACCACUCAGCUGGGUUCAGUACCAGAAACUGCUGCUGCUGCACUGUGGGAGUGACACUGACCUGAGGUCUACGCCCUGUGUGGGAGUCCACCACUUAGAGUGGGGAAGACUGGCUCUUUUUGACUUUUUAUUACAGGUAAACGACCGUCUGGACAGGUACUGCUGUGGUUUCACACCUGAUUCCACAGAAGUCUGCGUGGAGAACCUGCUGCACACAAAGUGUCGCCACACCAAGGAGCUGCAGCUGGUUCACAUCCUGGUGAGGAAGGCAGAUCCCUCCAGACUGGUGUUCAUAGACAACGCCGGCAGACCACAGCAGUCCACCAACAACCUCAACUUUAGGCUAGUGGAAGGGAUUGAUGAGUUUCCAGAAAAAGCUGUGUCGCUGCUACAGUCUGGCUGCCUGGAGAGUCUCCUUCUACGCUCCCUUUACACGGACAGGGAAUUCUGGGACAGGCAAGGUGGGGUCAGUGGCCUCAGGCCUCUCGUCCACAUGGUGCAGCAGAGAGGGAAGAUCCUCCUCCAGCACAUCAGGGACAGAAAGCUCCAGCUAAAGAGGGACCUGUGAGCAAGAGCUUCACACAGUCGUCAGGUUGAUGAGCUCAAGUGGAUCAAACAAGAUCCUUCCGCAGCGAAAGAAGCAAACUUGACUCAGCUCAUCCAAGAGCCCCUUGGACAAGUUGGGAUGUUAAAAAACAAAUGUGGGGUUACAUACAAUACAAGUGUACAGGUGCAGGCUUUAGCUGUUGUGUAAAAGCCAAAGAUGAGGGCAUUUGUUAUCAGUGGUACUGAAGGCCAUUUAUGAUCUCAACCCACUGCUUUCCUCUGGUGCUAUUUUGUUUGCUAUGUUCAUUAUCCCCUAUUAUUUCUGUCAGCAGGCUGGUGUCAGAUCUCUCUCUGUGCAUCUAUAAAAGAACAGUGACAUCUACUGCUUGACUUCUCAAACAUUUGAUUGGCCAUUUGUAACAGUUUCUUAGCAGACACAUCAAAUAAAAAAUGAUUUUUGUCAAACUCUACCCAGAGGUGGCCAGUGAGGCCUUUUUACAUUAACAAAUUCGUUUUUCACUUUCAAUUAAACCAUCAAGUCUGCAGCCGAAGCCUAAAUAAAAGGAUCACUGGUCUUUUAUUGUCUUAAAUAAGUCAUCUACAUUUAUUAUUACAGUGUCUCAUAGGAAUCAGUCUGCAGUCAUAAAGGAUAAUAGCUGUUUAAUAAACCAUCCUCUGCUGCACAAGUUGUCAGAGAUCACAUGUUUUAUUAGAGGAGAAUAAUGGACUAAUAAUAGACUCUUCCUCCUGCUGAGAACAAACACCAUCCAUUCGAUUAUGGCAGAAUUGAUUUGUAAAGAAUUGAUAGAUCAUUUAUUAACCAUCAAUAAAGCUGUUAGUUGCCGAUAUGAGCCCUUUAAAAAGAGUGCCUUAUGAGAAAGUGGUACUAAUAUUACAGCUAUGCAGAUCUGGAUUGUGUGGCAGAAAAGACGUGACUACAAAUUACAGUGAAGUCACAAAACCUUUACAGUAUUUUAAAAUUGUGCACACGAUGAAUAAUAUGAUUCCACCGUGGAAACACAAUCAAACUAAAGGUGUGUCUGUGUGUAUUUGUCGUGUUUAUUUGGCAUAAAGCUAAAUAUAUACACAGGCUCUCUUUCACGCUAAUCUUUCAGUCAUCUGUACAAAAUGAAAUAACCCUGCAGCUCUGUCUGUUGCUACGAGAUGCUUGUCACCCCCUUUUUUCUUUCAGCCCUUCCAUCUACUCUCGGUAGCAUCUCACCAAAUGUUCCCUCACAGCAGGGAAAUAAAUGUGAGACGAAUUAUUCCCCCACUACUCCGUGUGCUGUCUUUUUUUUUUUUAAAGCAAUUCAGGGUAGAGAACCAUCUUUUUUCUGUUUUGAUAUUUUCCAGAGAGCUAGCAGCAGAUUGAUGUGGAUUGAUUUGGAUGUCUGUUUUGUGAGAUAAGCUUCUCUGCUUUUAAUCGAGGGAUUAAGAAUGGCUCUCGGCGAAAAGCUUCUGGACCGGAUCCUGGAAGCCUUUUGAUAAAACUGGGCCUUUACAUAUAUAUUUUUUAUCGAAAUAUUUUUUCCACAAAGUUGCCGCCGCACAGUGUUGCAACAGCAGCGCAUAGAAGCGAAAGAUGAAAGAAAAAAAUAUAAUUAAACUCAAAUGUCUUUAGGGAAAGACAAGAGCUGAGGCUUUUUACGUCUGAGCGACACAUUUCUUUUUUGGGUCUUGUGAAAUGCACAGACGAAUACCCGACGAAUUAUUAUUCCACACGUAUUGGUGGUUCAUGCAUUAAUGACAUUUUCCAUGGCCCCCUCUUUCAUCACUGAAUAAAUGGCUCUAAUGAGAAA